AUGCAAAUUUUUGUGAAAACUCUUACCGGAAAGACUAUCACUCUCGAUGUUGAAUCAAGUGAUACUAUUGACAAUGUAAAACAAAAGAUUCAAGAUAAAGAAGGAAUCCCUCCAGACCAACAACGUUUGAUUUUUGCUGGAAAACAACUUGAAGAUGGUCGUACUUUAAGCGACUACAACAUUCAGAAAGAGUCUACAUUACAUCUUGUACUUCGUUUACGAGGUGGAAUGCAAAUUUUCGUAAAAACUCUCACCGGCAAGACCAUCACUCUCGAUGUCGAGUCAAGCGAUACUAUUGACAAUGUAAAACAAAAGAUUCAAGAUAAAGAGGGUAUUCCACCGGACCAACAACGUUUAAUUUUUGCCGGGAAGCAGCUUGAGGAUGGUCGAACGCUUAGCGACUAUAAUAUUCAAAAAGAAUCAACUCUCCACUUAGUUCUUCGUUUGCGUGGUGGUGCAAAGGUUAAUAAAUCCAAGUGUAAGUUUGGGGAUUGUAACGAUAAGGCCGUAAAAAUUGUCGGUCAUUGUCGUUAUUGCGAACUGGACUUUUGCUCUCGCCAUAGGCUGCCUGAAGCACAUGCUUGCAUAAAUCUAACAAGUUGUAAACAAGCUAGUUUUGAAAAGAAUGCUGCUAAACUAAGAAGUGAACAAUGUGUGGCUAGCAAAGUUGUUAUUUGA